UGCUAGCCAACUUUUCAGUAUGGUUCAAAGUUAGAAAUUAAAACAGCUUGUGAAGUAUUGCUUUAUACUUUAGAUACUUCUUUUAGACUAAUACACCCUAUAAUGCCAUUUUUAACAAAAACUCUAUACAAUUUUCUACCUGGUAAACAAGGAAAAUAUUUAGAAUAUCCUAAAAGUAGUGAGUAUGCAGAUUGGUGUGAUAAAAAAUUAGAUGAUGAAAUGAUUAUAGUUAAGGAUGUAAUAACAGCAAUCAGAAGGGUACGAUCUAUUAAUAAUUUCAAUAAAGAUCAAUCUGAAAUUAUUUUAAUUACAAAACAUCAAGAGUUACUAAAAAAGUUUGAAGAUAUUAUUCAAAAUCUAUGUGGUUCAAAGUCUUUGUGUUUCAUGAACAAAAAUGAAAUUUAUAAUAUUCAAUCAAUUACUGAUUUUGUUGAGGAUCAUACAGAAAUUCAUCUUCUACUUAAAGAGACAACGACUUGACAAACAAAUUGCCAAAGCUGAAAAAACUUUUUUAAUGAAAAUUGUUGUAAGUUUAAAAUAUGCGAAGAUCAAGAAACAAGAGAU